GAGAAAAUGAGCUACUACAGCAGCAACUAUCCGAUUGUGAACAUGGACCCCAAGUAUGCAGGCUACCCCCCAGAGCACAUUGUUGCAGAGAAGAGAAGAGCUCGAAGACGCCUGCUUCACAAAGAUGGCAGUUGCAACGUCUACUUUAAGCACAUUUUUGGAGAAUGGGGGAGUUACGUAGUCGACAUUUUCACGACACUGGUGGACACCAAGUGGCGCCACAUGUUUGUGAUAUUCUCUCUAUCUUACAUCCUCUCCUGGCUCAUCUUUGGCUCUGUCUUCUGGCUCAUCGCCUUUCAUCACGGAGAUCUGCUCAAUGAUCCAGACAUCACGCCUUGUGUUGACAACGUCCACUCCUUCACGGGGGCGUUCUUAUUCUCCCUGGAGACCCAGACCACCAUAGGGUACGGUUACCGCUGCGUCACCGAGGAAUGCUCCGUGGCGGUGCUCACGGUCAUCCUGCAGUCCAUCCUGAGCUGCAUCAUCAAUACCUUCAUCAUCGGUGCCGCCUUGGCCAAAAUGGCAACCGCUCGGAAGAGAGCCCAGACCAUCCGGUUCAGCUACUUUGCGCUCAUAGGCAUGAGAGACGGGAAGCUUUGCCUCAUGUGGCGCAUUGGUGAUUUCCGGCCAAAUCACGUGGUGGAGGGCACCGUGCGAGCCCAGCUGCUCCGCUACACGGAGGACAGCGAAGGGCGGAUGACCAUGGCCUUCAAAGACCUCAAGCUAGUUAAUGACCAGAUCAUCCUUGUCACACCAGUCACAAUUGUUCAUGAGAUUGACCACGACAGCCCUCUGUAUGCCCUUGACCGAAAAGCAGUGGCCAAAGACAACUUUGAGAUCUUGGUGACAUUCAUCUAUACCGGGGAUUCCACGGGAACCUCCCACCAAUCCAGGAGUUCUUAUGUUCCCCGAGAAAUUCUCUGGGGCCAUAGGUUUAAUGACGUCUUGGAAGUUAAGAGAAAAUACUACAAAGUCAACUGCUUGCAGUUCGAGGGCAGUGUGGAAGUGUACGCUCCCUUUUGCAGCGCCAAACAGCUGGACUGGAAAGACCAACAGCUGCACAACAACAUGGAGAAAGCCCCCGCAGUCCGAGGAGCGGGGACCUCUGACACCAAGGUCAGAAGAAGGUCAUUUAGUGCUGUGGCCAUUGUCAGCAGCUGUGAAAACCCGGAGGAGACCAGCACCUCUGCCAAGGAUGAGUGUAAGGAACCGCCUUAUCAGAAAGCUCUCCUGACUUUAAAUCGAAUCUCUGUAGAAUCCCAAAUGUAGUCCUACAUGUCACCAGGGUCCCUUCAAUGAUUUUACUCACUAGCCAGUCACUUCAAGGUAGAUAGUUAU